UCUAAAUCUGCAAAUCCAAUUUCUAUCAGUUUCGUCUAUGGGCAUAAUGGCGACCAUAACAACGAUUGCUUGUGUAGGCACACUGAUCAGCUGGUUGUCGUUAGCGAUAUAUAGAGUAUAUCUGCAUCCUUUGCGACAUUAUCCCGGAUCAAAACUUGCCGUAGUAUCGAACUCGUGGUGGGAGUUCUAUUGGAAUUACUAUCGAAAUGGCGAGUUAAUAUUCGAGAUUGAGAGGCUUCACAAUCUUUAUGGGCCCGUGAUCAGAAUCGGCGUCAACGAUCUACACGUUAAUGAUCCAGAGGUCUUUCAAGACCUAGCCCGUGUCACUUCGCCCUUCGUGAAACCCGCCAAAUUUUAUCAAGCUAUAUCCAUUCCUGGUACCUUGAUCGGCGAACUAGAUCCCGCUCGCCACCGCCUUCGGAGGAAGGUUUUAAGCCCUGCCUUCAUGGGAGACCGGGUGCACGAGCUUGCUCUAGAUGUGCUAGAGAAGACCAAGCAGCUUGUAGCGAGAUUUGAAACAGCGUCCGUUCAGUCAACACCGAUUUGCAUCACCGCCGCUUCAAAAGCUUUCACCAUGGACAUCAUUUCCAAGAUUGUCUUCGGGGAGGAGCUUGGAUGUGUUACUGAUCCAAACUUUGACAAUGAAUUUUCCAGAUAUCUCGAGGCAGCCUUCAAGAUAGGUUGGACAGCCACAGCAUUUCCAAUGCUUUCAGCACUGUCGUUAAAAAUCGCUUCAGCAACAUCCACCGUUAUUUUCCCACUCCCGAUCACAAGCUUGAAACGUAAAUGCCUAAGGAUCACAACACAAUAUAUUUCACAGAGCUCCGUUCAGAAAUCGCCCAAUUCUCGAGGUAUCGCAAGAAUACCGGUUAUUGAUAGACUAAUGGACCCAAAUGCCGUUAAAGGCCACGUCCCCCCAAGUCUAGAUGAAUUGAACGAUGAACUCGUAAUGCUUUUAAUAGCAGGGAAUGAUACAACCUCCACCGCCUUAAUUUUCGGCAUCUACAAGAUUUGUACCUGCCCCGUAGUAGAGCAGCGUUUGACACAUGAGCUCAUAGAAGAAUUCCCGUCACUCAACGAAGAGAUCACCUACGACCGCGUAAGAAAGCUGCCGUACCUAACAGCAACAAUCAAGGAGAUAUUGAGACUCGGAAAUCCGCUUCCAGGACGUCUCCCCAGGAUGGUGCCAGCUGAAGGAUAUUAUCUUCAUGGUCGCUUCCUGCAGCCAGGGGUGAACAUACACACAUCUGCUUAUGUGCUUAAUCGCCAGCCCGAGAUCUGGCCUAAGCCAAACGAAUUUAACCCCGAUCGAUGGACUUCUACCCACUCGUCGAGGCUUGAUAAACAUCUAGCAACCUUCUACAAAGGGCCUCGCCAGUGCCUAGGUAAAGAACUGGCUUGGUGCGAACUUUUAGUCGCGAUAGCUAAUAUUUUCCGACGUUUUCGGAUCGAACCGUACGAUACGACUGAUCACGACAUGGAGUGGAAAGAUCUUAUCUUAGUAGUUUACAGAAAGGAAUUUCUCGCAACUGUUGAAAGGAGAACUCUAUGAAGCCGAACUGGGGGAGGAUGCUGGAUAGACAUGGAGUUCGCUAAGUUAGUUGGUGAUCUAAUAUAUCGUCGGGUGAUUUCUUCGCUAUAAUGACAAUUAUGAUAUUAAUAGUCGAGGGGCGCUAGUAAUCCAAUCGUUGAUUUAACAAUAGACAUUUUAUUAUCAUGAGUAUCUACCACAAGGG